AUGGUCGAUUUCGAGGACGUUGAAGAGCGCGAUGGUGAACUCACAGGUGUCCGCCUCUCCUGGAAUGUAUGGCCCUCGUCGCGUAUAGAGGCGACCAGAACCGUCGUUCCUAUCUCAGCCCUAUACACACCCCUGAAGCAGCGCGAGGAUCUGCCCCCAGUCUUGUACGAGCCGGUAGCGUGCAAGCCUCCGUGUCGCGCUAUCCUCAACCCUUACUGCCAAAUCGAUAUUCGUGGCAAACUCUGGAUUUGCCCCUUCUGUCUGUCUCGCAAUGCCUUCCCUCCUCACUACAAGGACAUAUCCAACACGAACCUCCCUGCCGAACUUUUACCAAAAUACACCACCAUCGAAUACACCCUUGCUCGCCCAGCCCAGGUUCCGCCGAUCUUCCUUUUCGUUGUGGAUACGUGUCUGGAUGAGGAGGACCUGAAGGCUCUGCGUGAUGCACUGACCCAAGUCCACGAAAUUGGAUAUGCCGAGUGCAACAAGUCCUACGUGUUCCGAGGCGGAAAAGAGUAUCAGCCCAAACAGAUUCAAGAUAUGCUCGGACUGAGCUCCCAGUCGCGCGCUGCCCCCCGUCCAGGACAGCCUAUGCCUACACAGUCCUUCGGCGCCUCGAGAUUCUUGCUCCCGGUUCAGCAAUGCGAGUUCCAGUUGACUGGCAUCUUGGAAGGCCUUGUGCGCGAUCCGUGGCCCGUUGCAAGCGACAAGCGUCCUCUGCGAUGCACUGGUGUUGCGCUCAGUGUGGCCGUCGGCCUUCUCGAGACUACUUACCCCAACACGGGUGCUCGCAUCAUGUUGUUUGCUGGUGGUCCUGCCACAGAGGGUCCCGGAAUGGUCGUCAGCAACGAGCUCAAGGAGCCCAUCCGGUCCCAUCACGACAUAGAACGGGACACCGUCAAGCACUACAAGAGGGCGAUCAAGUUCUACGAAGGCCUCGCCAAGCGUGUUUCGAACAACGGGCAUGCGGUCGACUUGUUUGCGGGAUGUCUGGACCAAGUCGGUCUGCUGGAGAUGAAGUCGCUGCCCAACAGCACCAACGGAGUCAUCGUCUUAUCUGACUCGUUCGCCACGUCCAUCUUCAAGCAGAGCUUCCUGCGUCUGUUCAAUAAGGACGAGGAGGGCCACCUGCAGAUGGGUUUCAAUGCUACGUUUGAUGUCCAGACCACGAAAGAACUCAAGGUUUCUGGCCUGAUUGGACAUGCCAUCUCGGCUGGCAAAAAGUCUGGUUGUGUCGGGGAGACAGAAAUUGGUAUCGGCCAGACAUCGGCCUGGAAGAUCAAUGUGAUCACACCGCACACGGCUACGGGUGUCUACUUUGAGGUGGUAACUCCUGCCGGCCAGCCAUUAGCACCAGGCUCGCGUGGUCUGAUCCAAUUCGUCACCCACUACCAACACUCGUCUGGCUUCCAGCGGCUACGAGUGACCACUAUUGCUCGUAACUUUGCGGAGGCUGGUUCUCCCAGUAUCCCGGCGUCGUUCGACCAGGAGACUGCUGCUGUCCUCAUGGCUCGCAUUGCCGUUUUCAAGGCUGAGAUCGACGACUCACCUGAUGUCCUGCGGUGGCUGGAUCGUAUGUUGAUCAGGCUGUGCCAGAAGUUCGCCGAUUACCGCAAGGAGGACCCGACUAGCUUCAGGUUGACGGACAACUUCAGCAUUUAUCCCCAAUUCAUGUUCCAUCUGCGGAGAAGUCAGUUUCUGCAGGUGUUCAACAACAGUCCGGACGAGUCUGCAUUCUACAGGCACAUCUUGAAUGAGGAAGAUGUUAACAACUCACUGAUCAUGAUCCAACCUACGUUGAUGUCGUACACCUUUGACCAGCAGCCCCAGCCCGUGCUUUUGGACAGCGUGUCGAUCAAACACGACGUCAUCCUGUUGCUGGACACGUUCUUCCACAUCCUCAUCUUCCAUGGAGAGCUUGUCGCCCAGUGGAGGAAACAGGGCUACCAGGAUCAGGAGGGCUACGAAAACUUCAAGGAGUUGCUCGAACUACCUGUCGCUGAUGCUCAGGAACUGCUCACAGAACGAUUCCCGAUUCCUCGGUACAUUGUGUGUGACCAGGGAGGCAGUCAAGCGCGAUUCUUGUUGUCCAAGCUGAAUCCGUCGACCACCCACAUGUCCAACACGAUGUACGGAUCGCAAAACAACGCUGCAGGACAGGCCAUCUUCACAGAUGAUGUGAGCUUGCAAGUGUUCAUGGAGCAUCUCAAGAGACUGGCUGUCGGUGCCCAGACGAAUUGAUUUCAAACUUUCGAGGAGUAGAUACUUUCGUCGCAUUUAUUGCCAGGAAACAUGUUAAAUUAUGCGGUUUCAUUCAUCUUACACAAUCUGAGCUUGAGUGCAACCCAACACCCAUGGUUGCUUGUGACAAUGACACGGACUAGCAUCCAUCUCUCUUCUGCGCCAUGACUUGCCCAUGCUCGCAUGAAGUGCUCUGUUUCGACUGCUCCCCCCUGGCUUCAGAGUAUGGAUAUUCCCGACCAUCACUGCAGCAGCGGCAGGCUGCGGCAGGUCUCCCGAUGAAUGGCAGUCUGGAGGAUCAUCGGUUCUGCGCACCUCUCGUCCUUCCUGGCGACGACCUGGCUGAAGAUCCAGACUAUCCCGCACAGAGCAUCCAAGAAUGGCGGACGGAUGCGGACCGGAAUCAGGUGGAGACGUCUCGCCGCACACUGUAUGUGGUCGCACCGCCUGCGGUUGACGACACUGUGCCUUUCAUGGAGUCGUGGCGCGAGCCGAACGGUGCUGAGGGCGUCGCGAUUGAGCGCCCCAAAGUCGAGGACAUGGUUGAUUAUCUACGCGCGUUCUAUCACGGGAUGGACGUGAGACGAUUGUCGAGUCCGAGUCUGUGUUUUACGAGUUGGAGUGCGCCCAAACGCGCGUCUCGGACACCGCGUUAUGUUGGGCUCAAAGCGGGCGACGAAUGCGUGCGGAUUCGCACCCGCGCAUCACACGACGGGAUCUUUAGCAGGCAGCUCAAUCUCGACGAUCUGCUCGACGCCGCGAUUGGGGUACUCCCCUCUGACGCGUAUGCCAUGGUGCUGGUCGUCCCAUGGGAUAUCUACGAGCGUGCAGACGAUGAUUUUGCUUGCGGACGCGCGUAUGGUGGAAGUCGCGUCGCUGUCAUAUCAACAGCACGAUACCACCCCGGGCUGGAUCGGAUGCAAGACGUCGAAAGGCUUCAUGCGUGGCCCGCUUCGCAUUGCCAAGCCUACAUGACUGCUUGUUGCUCCGAAGCGCGACCGGCGAAACGGCGCAAAGGAAAUGGUCCUGGGUCCCUGUCAAAUUCGCCAUUACGUGCAGCAGUUGCAGCCUAUGCUGCCCUCCCUUCUCUGGUCAACACGAACUCCGCGGCUGCACUGUCGUCGCUGUGGCUUGCGCGGGCGUGCCGCACCGCAAGUCACGAGCUGGGACACUGUUUCGGAAUCGAUCACUGCGUUUACUACGCGUGUGCCAUGCAGGGCACUGCGUCGCUGCGAGAAGACGCGCGCCAGCCGUUGUUUGUGUGUCCCGUUGAUCUUGCGAAGAUUCUCGAAGCCACCGGGACCUCGUCCGAGCGUCGAGACGAGGCUCUCCUUGCCUUUUGCGCCAAGCACCCGCAAAAUCAUUCCUUCGCGUCGCUGGCAGCAUGGAUUCGAGUUGCGUAGCGUCGUUUCCACGAAAAGUUGUACGUCUGUUACAUUGAUUGUUGUGCUAAAUCUACUCCACUUUUUGGUUGACCUCUCCUACACUCCUACGAUUCCGGUGUCUUUGGUAUCCUUCUCCGCGAAGCUUUCGAUCACUUCCUUGACCAGGUUGAUGUCAGCCCUUGGCACGCUGAUGACAUUCCGUUCCUUGUCCAGUAAGCCCACGAAUUCGGUGGGGAGGACGUCCUGCUCGAAAUUGAAGGACGCAUUGUUUUUGAGCGCCAGAUUCACCGCCUCCGAGAAUUUGGCUGGGUGAGCCGUCGACAACAUGACUUGGCGAACGGAGCUAGGGCUGGGGAGAGGCGUUGAGAACAGAUCGAUUCCACAGGACUCGAGAACAGAUCGUACUUUUUGGAAGCAACGAUCUUCCCAGCCGCCAAACCAACGGCGGUGUGAGGAUCAACCACGUAAGACGGAGAGGCUUCAAAGUGCGAGCGGAUGGUUUCCAGAGUCUAUUGAUCAGAUCAACUCAGUGCAAACGAGACAUGCCAGGCUAUGGCACGGACCAGCUCAUCCGAGAUCCGUUCAGCAAAGAAGUCCCGGCGAGCCAGCUCGAUGACGGAGGUGGGAAUAUCAACCCGACCAUCAGCCUUCAUCUCGCUCAUCCAGCUCGCCAAGGUCGCACACGCUUUCUCGUGCUCGGAACCCACAGCUUCGAACGCGAGGUACCAGAGCAGCCGCUCAAAGUUGCUAGACACGAGAAUGUCCAUGGCGGGUGAGAGGGUCUCCCGAACACCGGCCGCCGCCGUUCCCUGCUUCCCGUCCGUCAUCGGUGCGGAAUCCACCUUUUCGUACCGUGCAGUGUUCCAGAAUCGCGCGAGGAUGUCAUUCGAGUUGGUGGCAACGACCAUUUUCGACAUGGGCAGCCCCAUGCGUUUGGCGUAGUAUCCCGCCAGGAUGUCGCCGAAAUUUCCCGUGGGCACGACGAAUUGGACUUCGGUCCCAGGCUCGGGCGAGAGAUGGAAGUACGCCAGGAAGUAAUACACCGUCUGGGCGAGGAUGCGAGCCCAGUUGAUCGAGUUGACGGCACCGAGACGCACAGAGCGGACUGGAUGCCGGAAGCACAACCUGGCAGUCAUCGAACGUUCCUCCGACAGAGAUGUUGUGCACGUUCGCGUCCGUCACUGUUGCCAUCUGCGCUUCUUGGAUCGGCGACACGCGCCCAGUGGGGAAGAGGAUGAAGAUGGAGAUGUCUGCUUUGUUCCUCAAGCCAUAGAUCGCCGCGCUGAGUCGUGUCACAAAGAGCGUAAUGCUUGAAGGGCGAAACGACUCACCUUCCUGUGUCUCCACUGGUUGCUCCGACGACGGUCAACUUCUCCUUCUUCUCUCCCUCCGCUUUCCUGCUGUUCCUUCUCUUGAGGAAGAACUCGAAGAGGUUCCCAAGCAGCUGGAGAGCAACAUCCUUGAACGCGAAGGUGGGGCCGUGGAAGAGCUCGAGAACGAAUCGUUUAUCAUCGAGCUUUUUGAGCGGUGUGACAUCUGGAUGUCGGAACGUAGAGUAGGACUUUUCCACGAGUGCACGGAGAUCGGAUGUUGUAAUUUCAUCGGGAGAGAUGUAGAGCGAUAGAACAGCGACUGAGAGAUCGACGAAGGAGUAGGACUUCCACUUUGUUUGCCAGUCUGCUGGUAAUGCUGGGAUAACUUCAGGGAUGUACAAUCCGCCGU